AGAUAAAAUGAUAAGGUUUGCUAAAAUGAUGAAAGGAUUUAAUCAUAGAUCAUAAUAUUGGCAUAUAGUAUCUAAGAGAAGUAAUGAAAUGGAAAAUGCUAUUUAGAUGUAUAGAUAACAUAUAAAGAUGAUUUGCUGGUGUUGACAUUUCCAUUCAUUAUGGGACCUAAGAUGUUUUUCGCUCAUCAAUAAUAUUCAUUUUUGACUUUGAUGGAGUAAUUGUAAUUGGAAGAGUCAACCAAGGUGGAUUUUAACUUAGAUGGGACAGAUUUGAGUUUGAGUAGCAACCUUUUUAACUAUAUAUUGAAAGAUAAAAAAAACAAAGCAAUUAAGUUAUAGAUAUAGGAUGAAGAGUUUACAAUUAGUCCAGCAUAUUAAUUGAAUGAAGCUAAGAUGUUGAAUUAAUAGACAUAGUUGAAAUAUUCACCAUAAAACAGAUAUAUUCAAAUGGUAAAUUAGGGAUUAGAUCCAAGUCAUGCUAAUACAUUGUCUUGGUUUUUAAAUUCUUGCAAUAUCUAGUAAAAUCUAACAGAAAAAGAAAUUAUUAAAGUAAUGGAACAAGGAUUGUCUAUACUUAAAUAACCAACUAAAGAUAAGUUAUAUGAAUUACAACAUUUAAUUAACAUUUUAGAAGCUGAAAUCUGCAAAUAAAGAGAAUAAUUAGAUGUAAUGAUAGGAGAAGCAGAAAAGACUGGUUAUAGAUGGCUAACUUUAUUGUUUGUCUUAUCUGUAUUGUAAAUUGGAGCAUUUUAUUAUGGAAUAUAUAUGGUUGAUGAAUGGGGUUGGAAUGUAUGUGAACCAUUCACAUAUACAUUGUAAUGUGUAACUGUUCUUAUGGGAAUGAUCUUCUAUGUUAGAUAUAGAAGAUAAAGAGAAAUUGAAUCAAUUAGAUGGGCAUUCAUGUUUAGGUUUAUUUUUUAUAUCAAUAUUAUAGAAAAUAAAUUAAAGAAAGAAACUGGAAAGACAGAUGGAAUCAUCUCAAUACUCUCAUUUCAUUGAAAGAAGAACAAAAAAGAGGACUAGAAUUAAGAAAAACUAUUCUCUAUAAUAGAAUGAACUAUCACUAUUAUGUUUAAUAAUAGAAAAAAUGAUUUA